CGCGAAUGCUGAGGCGCUUGUGAGACUACAACUCCCAUGAUUCCAUAGCGCCGAGACAUGGCAGUUUUAAAGUGGUACCAAACUGCUAUAAUCCUGGAGUGUGGAUACAGCCUUAGGGCCCCUUCAGACAGACGUGUCACUCAGCUCAGCCACAAGGUGGUCCGAUUAGAAAGGGCUAUAAUAACUUUGGACCAAUGAAACCCUGAUCCCCUAAAAAGAUGGCACACAGAGUUUCAAAGUAUUACUGAUAGAGGCCUCUCCCAGAAGCACAGCCAGACCCCGCCUUAGUCAUUGGUUGAAGAUGGAAAGCGCCACCCAAGAGACACCUGGAACAUCUGGUUCAGAUUUUGAUGAAAAACUGUCUUACCUUCCAGAAAGGCUGAAAAAGCGGCUGCUUCCUUUUCAGAAAAAAGGGAUUGUGUUUGCACUGGAAAGAGGUGGCAGGUGUAUGAUUGCCGAUGAAAUGGGCUUGGGGAAGACUAUCCAAGCCAUAGCUGUAUCGUACUACUACAAAAAUGAAUGGCCUUUGUUAAUAGUGUUGCCCUCAUCUCUGAGGUACCCCUGGGUUGAUGAGUUGGAGAAAUGGAUUCCCGACCUCUCUCCAGAAGAUAUAAUAAUCAUUCAGAAUAAAACUGACAUUUGGAGAGUAUCUACAAGCAAAGUGAUUGUGUUGGGUUAUGGGCUGCUGACUUCAGAUGCACAGACUUUAAUAGAUACUCUAUACAAGCAGGAGUUCAAAGUAGUAAUUGUUGAUGAAUCUCAUUACAUGAAAUCCAGAAAUGCAGCUCGUAGCAAGAUUUUGUUGCCUAUCGUACAGAAUGCUAUGCGGGCCAUUCUCCUCACUGGGACCCCUGCUUUAGGAAGACCUGAAGAGCUUUUCAUGCAACUUGAAGCAGUUUGCCCAAGAAAAUUUGGGACAUGGACUGAAUAUGCAAAAAAAUACUGUAAUGCACGUGUCAGAUUUUUUGGUAAAAAACGGCAGUGGGAUUGCAGAGGAGCUUCAAAUUUAGAUGAAUUGCACCAGUUACUCAAUCAUGUAAUGAUCAGGAGACUGAAGAAUGACGUUUUAACCCAAUUACCACCUAAAAUCAGACAGCGAAUCCCUUUUGAUCUUCCCAAAAGUGCUGCUUCAGAAUUUAAUGCCAGCUUUGAAGAAUGGGAAAAAUUAAUGAGGGCUUCAGAUUUAGAUUCAACAGAAAGUGACUUUGUCCAAGUGAUGGGCCUCAUUACUCGGAUGUUUAAACAGACUGCCAUUGCUAAGGCAGGAGCAGUAAAGGACUACAUCAAGAUGCUGCUGGAAAAUGACAAUCUUAAGUUUUUAGUCUUUGCUCAUCACUUAAGUAUGCUCCAAGCCUGUACAGAAGCAGUGAUAGAAAACAAGACUCGAUAUAUUCGAAUAGAUGGAAGUGUAGCUUCAUCAGAAAGAAUAAACCUUGUCAACCAGUUCCAAAAGGAUCCGGAUACCAGGGUGGCCAUACUGAGUAUUCAGGCUGCAGGUCAGGGUUUAACCUUUACUGCUGCAACUCAUGUUGUUUUUGCUGAACUAUAUUGGGAUCCUGGACACAUAAAGCAAGCAGAAGACAGAGCUCAUCGGAUUGGACAGUGCAGUUCUGUGAAUAUCCAUUAUUUAAUUGCGAAUGGAACAAUGGAUCCUCUUAUGUGGGCAAUGUUGAAUCGUAAGGCCAGAGUUACAGGCACCACUCUGAAUGGCAAGAAAGAAAAACUGCAAGCACUAGAAGGCGACAGAGAGAAAUGGAAUUUCCUGAAUUUUGCUGAAGCCUGGACUCCUAAUGAAAGUCUAAAUGAAAUCAAAAAUGAGGCUUUGUUCACUCAUUUUGAAAAGGAAAAGCAGCAUGAUAUCCGUACUUUCCUUUCACCAAAGCAAAAUAUGAAGCGGAAAAAAGUUGCUUGUGAUAACUCUUCCCAAGCUUUGGUGGAGAAUGGCAUUUCUUUGGAUGCUGAGAGUCUAAAUGAAUUGGAUGUACCUUGUAAAGAAGCAAAGAGAGCAAGAGCUUUAGAGCCACGUACACCAAAGAGUUCUCCUAAGGAAGGAAGCAAAUCUCUUUUCCAAAAACCAAGCUGUUCAUUUGCAAAAGACAUUACUGAAGAUGAGUUUAAUACUCCAUUAUCUCAUUCGAGUAAAAGGGGAUGUUCUUCUGAAGCAAUAUGGCAUUGCAGCCAGUGCACUUAUAGCAAUAAUUCACUGCUGCCUUAUUGUGAAAUGUGUGAUUCUCCACGGAGAAGGAACACAUCGACAGUUACACAGAAUGAAUCUCAGAUUAGUUCUGUAUCUACUCAAAGUGAAAAAGAAAGCAUAGCUCAAGAUGAUACCAGUCGAAAUGGGACAGAGGAAACCAAUUAUGUUCGUCAAAGAAAAAACAUAGGACCGGCAGAUGUGCCUGAUGGAAUGAAGGAAGAAGAUGCAGCUGCUGCAAAUAAUGAUCAACCGGAUUGUUUUGAGCAAGAGGUUAAAGAAGGUUAUUUAGAGGAUUCAGGAUCCUUUCCAGCCUAUUCUGGCUUGAUGUUCUGUGCAAGUAGGAAUACUGACCGAAUUCAUAUCUACACAAAGGAUGGAGAGCCUUUGAAUUGCAACUUCAUUCCAUUGGAUAUAAAAUUAGAUAACUGGGAAGAUUUACCAGAGUGUUUUCAACAAAAACAGAACCGUUCAUUGAUACUGAAAUUUGUAAGAGAAUGGAGUGGUCUAACAGUCAUGAAGCAAAAAAUUAUUAGAAAAAGUGGCCAGCUCUUUUCUAGUCCCUUUCUUGCUGCUGAAGAGAUGCUGUCUAAACAACAGGCCAAGCUCAACAGUACCAAACGGUACACAACAAAAGAGGAUAUUACCAAAGCUUCAGUAGAGAAAGCUGGCACCAUUGGGGGCAGUGUUCGCAUGGUCACGAAAAAAACUACAGUUGCCUUAAACCCUACCAUCUCUGUUAAAGAAGAGGAGAAAAAAUUUACAAAGCUAUCUUCUGGUAAAAAUGACUCAGGCUCAAUCUUAGACUCUAUUCAAAGUGAUGAUGUUGAGGAAGCUCACCUGAGCAAAGGCUACCUGCAGGCAGUGGAUAAUGAAGGAAACCCCCUUUGUCUCAGCUGCCAAAAGCCAGCAGUCCAGGUUGCCCAAAGCCCCGUCUCUACUGCCUGGGAUGCCCGCUUUUGCUCUCACAAUUGCCAGGACGACUUCUUAUUCCGUACGAGCCAAGGUUACUUGAGACGCAAAGUCUUUGAAAUUGAGCAUGGGGUUUGUCAGACAUGUGGCCUCAAGGCUCAGGAGCUCUUCCUCUGCGUCAGAGAUGCUCCGAAGGAUAAACGCAAGAGUCUUCUGGAAAGCUCUUGGAUGUCCAGGCUUCCUUUAACACAGUUAAAUGAAAUUAUACUGAAUCCAACUGAAGGUCUCUUCUGGCAAGUGGAUCAUAUCAAGCCAGUCUAUAGUGGUGGUGGACAGUGUUCUUUAGAAAAUCUUCAAACACUGUGUACAGUUUGUCACAAGGAGAGAACAGCAAAGCAAGCCAAGGAAAGAAACCAAAUGAAGAGACAAAGUAUUGCUUCAAAAUAUGGAUCUGAUAUUACUAGAUUUUUUGUGAAAUUAUGAAACUUUAUUGGUAGUAUUUCCAUUAAUCAUGCCUUAGCAUGGGUUUUUUUUAGAAGGAAAUAAGGAUUUUAACAGCACCCAAUGACAGUUUAUCCAGUUUUUAACCAGUGAUAGCUACUGAAGAAUUGUCAGAUGAGUCAGAAAAGGAUGACUAUCUACGUGCACCUAGAUUUUUGUUUCCAAUGAUGGAAGAAAAUUGAGUAUGUUUCACAUUGAAAGACUUUAAUAAAGACAUUGAAAAACAUUUGUUCUGAAAUCCUGCUACUGACUUUAAGGCUUUUACAAGUUUUCUCUUCAUACGAAGUUACUUUGAUACUGAUUAGUAUGAAUACCACCUGGGAAAAAUGUGAACCAUCUGUACUUUCAGCAUUCAUUGAACAAGUUAGAAUUUAAAUGUCACCUGUGCAGUGAUAUGGAGGGUUUUUUUUUGUCUAGUGCUGUAUUGUUAAGAGCUAUUUUUGAUGCAACUUCAACUGGUGUGUUCAGGUUACAUCCAAAAUUCUGAUAGGUGACCAGUGAUAAAGACAAACUAGAAUGAAUCUGUUAAAUCUGUGUAACUGAUGACUUAGCAAGUUUCAAGUAAUUCAAUAGGUGUAAUCUUCUUGGGAGUAAAAAGUGGAUUUACACCCUGGAUUAUAAAGUGAUUAAUUUUGAAGUAUCUUCCUGUAUGCCGGCUGACCUCAUUCUUUACUGUAAUUGUCAGAAUUAGAUGUCUACAGCUGCAAUUUGGAUCUUUCCAGUUCAUUACUGAAUAGACAUUUCUCACUUAGAAAAAGCAGUAAAAUCCAACUGUUUCCAAUAA